AUGACCAGAAACAUUACCACUGAUCAACAAGCUCUUCUUUCUCUAAAAGAUCAUUUACAUCCAAAUGACCCUCAAAAAUUAUUGUCUCAAAAUUGGUCUUCGUCUGACUCAGUCUGUAACUGGCUCGGUGUUUCUUGCGGUGUCCGUCACCGUAGAGUUACUGCCUUGAAUAUAUCUUAUCUGGGUCUUACUGGCACCAUCCCUCCUCAACUGGGAAAUCUUUCUUUCCUCACGACGCUAGCCAUGCAAAACAACAGUUUCUAUGGCGCGAUACCUGACGAGUUGGCUCAACUGCGUCGAUUGAAGUCCAUCAAUCUCAACUUCAACAACUUGGACGCUGAGAUCCCUUCAUGGCUUGGGUCCUUGCAUGCACUUCAGGAGUUGCUUCUGCAAAGAAACAACUUCAUAGGGUCCAUCCCACCCUCUCUUGGCAACAUAUCUUCACUGGAAAUACUUGAUCUUAGUUACAAUAAGCUUUCAGGCACUAUCCUUAAUCCAUACACGAUCUUUGUUACAAUAAAGCUAUGCGUAAAUCAAAUUAGACAAACUUAUUCAUACAAAAUGAGAUAG